AUGGGGAAUAUCUUUGCGAACCUCUUCAAGGGCCUUUUUGGCAAAAAAGAAAUGUGCCUUCUCAUGGUGGGCCUGGACACUGCGGGGAAGACCACCAUCCUGUACAAACUGAAGCUGGAUGAGAUCUUGACCACCAUCCCCACCAAAGGUUUCAACGUGGAGACCGUGGAAUAUAAGAACAUCAGCUUCACUGUGUGGGACGUGGGUGGCCAGGACAAGAUCCGGCUUCUGUGGCACCACUACAUCCAGAACACACAAGGUCUCAUCUUUGUGGUUGACAGCAAUGACCGAGAGCGUGUGAAUGAGGCACGAGAGGGGCUUAUGCGGAUGCUGGCAGAGGAUGAGCUCAGGGAUGCUGUCCUGCUCGUGUUCGCAAACAAGCAGGACCUCCCCAAUGCCAUGAACGCAGCUGAGAUCACGGACAAGCUGGGCCUCCACUCUCUGCGCCACAGGAACUGGUACAUUCAGGCCACCUGUGCCACCCGUGGGGACAGGCUCUAUGAGGGACUGGACUGGCUGUCCAGUCAGCUCCGGAACCAGAAGUGA